GGGGGACUCCCAGCUGUGUUUCGGCGGGCGCGGAGAGAGCCGGACUGCGUAAGCCGGAACUUCGUUUCGCUGGCUUUUCCAAACCUUCAUCUACAACUUUUGUACAUCUGUCAGAUCGUGACAUCUUUUCUUUCACUCUGUGUGGUCUCUGUGUGUUUUCUUGAUAUAGUUGAUUGAAGGGAUUGAUACUCUUCUUCUUCUUCUACUUUACUUCACCUUACUCUAUUUGAGCUCUCGUCGAGAAAAAAGUUUACCGCCAAAAUGGCCUCAACAACCACCCGCACCUUCGCCCGCGCUGCCCUCCGCUCAACCCCAGCUCGCAGCGCCGUCUACGCCCUCCCCCGCCAGGCAUUCCGCCAGCAGUCCCGCCGCGGCUACUCGUCCGAGGGCAGCUCCGCGCCCAAGGCCUCAGGUGGCUCUGCGCUCUACUGGCUCGGUGGUCUCCUCGGUGCCGCCGGCGCCGGGUACUACGUCUACGGCCAGCAGAACGGCUUCUCUGCCGCGGCCAAGGGCCCGUUCCAGCCUACCUUUGAGGACUACCAGAAGGUCUACAAUGAGAUCGCGGCGAGGUUGGAGGAGAAGGAUGAUUAUGAUGAUGGGUCGUAUGGACCUGUGCUCCUGAGACUGGCGUGGCAUGCGUCGGGAACUUACGAUGCUGAGACGAAGACGGGAGGAAGCAAUGGAGCGACAAUGAGGUUCCAGCCUGAGGGAGACCAUGGUGCGAAUGCGGGAUUGAAGGCUGCGAGAGAUUUCUUGGAGCCCGUUAAGGAGAAGUUCCCCUGGAUCACCUACUCCGACCUCUGGAUCCUCGCCGGCGUAACCGCCAUCCAAGAAAUGCAAGGCCCCACCAUCCCCUACCGCCCCGGCCGCACCGACAAAGACGUCGCCGCCUGCACCCCCGACGGCCGCCUCCCCGACGCCACCCAAGGCGGCAAGCACCUCCGCAACAUCUUCGGCCGCAUGGGCUUCAACGACCAAGAAAUCGUCGCCCUCUCCGGCGCCCACGCCCUGGGCCGCUGCCACACCGACCGGUCCGGCUUUGAGGGACCCUGGACCUUCAGCCCGACGGUGCUGACGAACGACUUCUACACGCUGCUGCUGGAGCAGACGUGGCAGUGGAAGAAGUGGAAGGGACCGGCGCAGUAUGAAGAUAAGGCGACGAAGACGCUGAUGAUGCUGCCGACGGAUUAUGUGUUGAUUAAGGAUAAGGGGUUCAGGCCGUGGGUGGAGAAGUAUGCGAAGGAUAAUGAUUUGUUCUUCAAGGAUUUCGCGGCGGUCGUGACGAGGCUGUUUGAGUUGGGUGUGCCGUUUAAGGAGGAUACGCCGAAGUAUGAGUUCAAGCCCACGGCUUAG